AAAUAUCGUUUUUGGUAAUGUUGAGGAAAAAACCCAACAAUUAAACCUGAUGGCCUUUCAAAUUCAAAUGAAUCUUUAAUAAUCAUGCACUAUCGUUGUAGCUCACUGUUCAAUGUGGGUAAACCUGCAAAUUUGUAUCUAAUAUACGUGAUGCAUUCCUUCAUUUAAUCAGUACUUUUUGACACGGUCCGUCAUGUCAAACAGUUUGGAGUGGUGCAAAAGAACCUAUGUUUACUAAUGCACAAAUUCACACUUCGAAUCAGUUUAUAUUAUCACGAGUAAAAAGGAAGUCCAAGCUCACUUGUUCUCAAAUUUCCGUCCUCUUCUGUCCGGUUUAAAUACAUCGCAUUCAACACUAACCACCGAGCUAAAGAUCGACAAUGACGACUGAAGACCCGGCUGUUACCCUUCUCAGGGACUACCUGCGUAUCAAAUCCGUACAUCCCAACCCUGAUUAUGACUCGUGCGUUACACUUCUCAAAGGUCAAGCCGAGACAAUCGGUUUGGAUUAUCAAGUUACGGAGCUGGUCAAGGGAAAACCCAUACUGAUCAUGUCUUGGAUGGGAUAUGAACCCCACCUUCCGACGAUCCUUUUGAACUCUCACAUGGACGUGGUACCUGUGUCCGAGGAAUGUUGGAAAUACGGCCCGUUCGAAGCUGUGAAAGAGCCCAAUGGCGAUAUCUUCGCCCGAGGAAUUCAGGAUAUGAAAUCCGUCGGAAUCCAAUACAUCGAGGCCGUUCGGGGCCUUAAGGAGCAAGGCAAAAGAUUGAAAAGAACGAUUCACAUCUGCUUUGUUCCUGAUGAAGAACUGGGAGGGAUCGAUGGCAUGGGGAAAUACGUUUCCUCUCCAGAUUUCAAGAAAUUGAAUGUUGGGAUGGCUUUGGAUGAAGGACUAGGAACACUGGAUGAAGAAAUCCCAGUGUAUUUUACAGAGCGAAAUCCAUUUGUGGUCAAGUUCCAUUGUUCAGGCAAUCCUGGUCAUGGAUCUCUUUUCAUUGAGAACACGGCGGCCGCAAAAGUUCAGUACAUGAUCAAUAAGAUGCUGAAGUUUCGCCAAGAGCAGAAGAAAUUGUUUGAUGAGGACCCUAAAAAGGCUUUGGGGAAUGUCACUACCGUAAAUAUGACCUUCAUGUCGGGUGGACUGCAAAUGAAUGUAGUUCCCAAUGAACUGUGCAUCGGCUUUGAUAUACGUGUGUCUCCUACACACAAUAUUGUCGAGUUCCAGAAAAUGCUUGAAAACUGGAUGGAAGAGGCUGGAGGUGGCAUUCGAAUGGAGUUCGUGUAUAAGUUUCUCAAUCAAAGUGUAACAUCGGUAUCCCCAGAUGACCCGUGGUACCAGGCAUUUCAGCUUGGGGUUCAAGCUCAUAAAUUGAAAGUGACUCCACAAGUUCUUUGUGCGGUCACGGACAGCCGUUAUCUGAGGGAAGUUGACAUUCCAGUUUUAGGAUUCUCACCAAUGAUCCACACUCCUGUUCUUGCUCAUGACCACGAUGAAUUUCUCAAUGAGAGUAUUUUUCUUAGAGGUAUAGAAAUUUAUAAGGACAUUAUCACCGAACUUGCUUCAGUAUAAAAGGUUUGCAAUGAUUUGUUGAAGAGAAUUGAUGAAUAAACAAAAAGAAGCCCGG